CAAUCCAAAAUACACCAAAAGCAAAAGCAAGAGAAAGAACCUGCUGUCAAAUUAGAUAUUUCAGUUGGAGAUCCAAUCAAAGUUGGUGAUUUAACUUCUGCUCAUAUUGUCUAUAGCGUUCGCACAAAUACUGACUCAGAACUAUUGAGGUCACCACAAACAGUUGUUUCAAGAAGAUAUAGAGAUUUCAGGUGGUUAUAUCGUCAACUACAGUCAACUCAUCCAGGUAGAAUUAUUCCACCACCACCAGAUAAACAAGCUGUUGGCAGAUUCAAUGAUGAUUUUAUAGAAGCAAGAAGAUUUGCAUUGGAAAGAAUGCUGGUCAAAAUUUCAAAGAGUCCAGUUUUGCAAACCGAUCCCGAUUUUAUAAUGUUUCUACAAAGUGAAAGAUUUUCAUCAGAAGCAAGGGAACGCGAAAAAGCUGCUGGUGCUACAUCAACUUUCACAGCUAGUGAAAAAGAUAAUGAUGCAAGUUUGAAUGCUAGUGGAGGAUUCUUAAGCUCUAUUGGUGGAGCAUUUUCAUUUUCUCCAAAGAUUGUGGAACCUGAUGAGUUUUUCAAAGACAAGAAAUCUUAUGUUGAAGCCUUAGAUCAACAGUUUAAGCUUUUUUUGAAAAAUUUGGAAACAAUUGUUAUUCAAAGACAUGACUUAUCUAUUGUGACUGAAGAAUUUGCAAAUAUAGUUGCAACCUUAGCUGAUUUGGAAGUUUCCAAGAGCUCUACUGAAUUAUUCCAGGAAUUUUCCACAACACAAUUGAGAAUCAAAGAAUUAUUGGAUAGACUUUCCUUGCAGGAUAUGCUAACUUUAGGGUCCACACUAGAUGAGUAUCAAAGAGUUAUUGGAAGUAUCAAGACAACUUUUCAUCAAAGAGAUAAGAUUUUGGUUCAAUUGGCUGGUUCAGAAUCGGAAUUAAAAAAGAAACAAGCGUCUUUUGAUAAGACUUUUAAGUACAAUAGAACUCAUACUGAAAAAAUUGAUGCUUUAAAAUUGGAGCUUGAUGCACUUGAACAAAAGCAUAAUGGUAUUAGAUCCAAAUUUGAUGACAUUAGCAGCACAAUUAAAGAUGAAUUGGCAACUUUUGAAAUUGAAAAAAUUCAAGAUUUUAGAAACUCGAUUGAGAUAUUUUUGGAAAGUACUAUUGAGAGCCAAAAAGAGGCUGUUGAACUUUGGGAAACCUUUUACGAUGUCAAUUUAUCUUCAGUAGCAUAA